CGGCCCGGGCCCAUGGCCUCGGUGCUGCGCAGCGCCCGCCGCUUCCCCCCGCCGCUGCUGCGGGCGGCGUCGGGGCCGGCCAUGCAGCAGCCCGAGGGCGGCGGGGGCUGGCUGGGCGCGCUGCGCUUCGACAACCUGGCUCUGCGCUCGCUGCCCGUGGACGCCUCGGAGGAGAGCGGCCCGCGGACCGUGCCCGGCGCCUGCUUCGCUCGGGUGCGGCCCAGCCCGCUGCAGAACCCGCGGCUCGUGGCCAUGUCGCUGCCGGCGCUGGCGUUGCUGGGGCUGGAGGCGCCCGCGGCCGACCCGGCGGCGGCGGAGGCCGAGGCCGCGCUGUUCUUCAGCGGGAACCGGGUGCUGGCGGGCGCGGAGCCCGCGGCGCACUGCUACUGCGGCCACCAGUUCGGCAGCUUCGCGGGGCAGCUGGGCGACGGCGCCGCCAUGUACCUGGGCGAGGUGCUGGGCCCGCGGGGCGAGCGCUGGGAGAUCCAGCUCAAGGGCGCCGGCAUCACCCCCUUUUCCCGACAAGCUGAUGGUCGGAAGGUCCUGCGGUCGAGCAUCCGGGAGUUCCUGUGCAGCGAGGCCAUGUUUCACCUGGGAAUACCAACCACAAGGGCUGGCACCUGUGUCACAUCUGACUCCAAAGUCGUUCGGGACAUAUUUUACGAUGGGAAUCCAAAAAAUGAAAGGUGUACAGUUGUUCUGAGAAUAGCCUCUACAUUUAUAAGAUUUGGCUCUUUUGAAAUUUUUAAGCCCCCUGAUGAAUACACAGGACGCAAGGGUCCCAGCGUUAACCGGAAUGACAUUCGAAUACAGAUGCUUGAUUAUGUGAUCAGCACUUUCUACCCAGAAAUCCAGGAGGCUUAUUCAGACAACACUGUUCAGAGGAAUGCUGCUUUCUUCAAAGAGAUAACCAAGCGGACAGCGAGGUUGGUUGCUGAGUGGCAGUGUGUGGGGUUUUGCCAUGGCGUGCUGAAUACAGAUAACAUGAGUAUCGUUGGACUAACCAUUGACUAUGGCCCUUUUGGGUUUAUGGACAGGUAUGACCCUGAGCAUGUCUGCAAUGGUUCUGAUAAUACAGGGCGCUAUGCUUACAACAAACAGCCAGAGAUUUGCAAGUGGAACCUGGGAAAACUUGCUGAAGCUUUAGUUCCAGAGCUGCCCUUGGAAAUAAGCCAACUCAUCCUGGAAGAGGAAUAUGAUGCAGAAUUUGAGAAACAUUAUUUGCAGAAGAUGAGAAAAAAACUAGGCCUAAUCCAACUGGAAUUAGAAGAAGAUAGUAAGCUGGUGUCUGAACUGCUUGAAACCAUGCAUCUCACAGCUGGAGACUUCACAAAUAUAUUUUACUUGCUGAGUUCAUUCUCAGUAGACAUUGAUCCUUCAAAAUUUGAAGAUUUCUUAGAAGAGCUUACAAGUCAGUGUGCUUCUGUGGAAGAACUGAAAGUUGUUUUUAAACCACAGAUGGAUCCAAGACAGCUGUCAAUGAUGCUGAUGUUGGCUCAGUCUAAUCCUCAGCUGUUUGCAUUAAUUGGAACAAAAGCUAAUAUCAAUAAAGAACUGGAGCGCAUUGAACAAUUCUCUAAACUGCAGCAGUUAACAGCAGAUGAUGUACUUAGCAGAAAUAAAAGACACUGGAAGGAAUGGCUGGAGAAAUACAGAGUCCGUUUGCAGAAAGAAAUAGAAAGCGUUGGUAAUGCUGAUGCCUGGAACACUGAGCGUGUCAAGGUCAUGAAUUCAAACAAUCCAAAAUAUAUCUUGAGAAAUUAUAUUGCCCAGAAUGCCAUAGAAGCAGCUGAAAAUGGGGAUUUCUCGGAGGUAAGAAAUGUACUGAAACUUUUAGAACAUCCAUUUCAAGAAACAGAAGGUUUCCAGGAGGUAGAGGAAGAUGCAGAAGAGGAGGGAGCAACAGCUGCAGCAGCUGAUUGUUCUCAAGAGACCAGAAGCAAACAAUCAUAUUGCAGCAAACCUCCGCUGUGGGCUUCAGAGCUCUGCGUUACGUGAUCUUCAUAACUGCCUUGUUUUGUUUUUUGCUGUGAACUGAAGACUCUGAUCCUCCUUCAGCAGUGAAGAAUUCAGCAAGGCAAACAUCAAAGUACUAUUAAGUUAUUGAAACAACACUACAUCUGGAUGCAUCUGCAGCAGUCUUCAGCUGUGCUUAAUUUGAAGCAAUUGUGGGUCAUUGGAACAAAUGAGUGACAAUCAACAGCCCAUACACAUCAGUAAUCUAAAUGUUUAAAGACCCAAAGUCUUUCCUUUAUCCUCACAACGUUGCAAGUAAAAAGCAGUAUUUUAUGUUGA